AUGAAUCACUUCAGCAAAAUGUGCAACGCUCAAAGGAUUCAAGUAGUUGAUGUGGACGACGAAGAAUAUGAAACCGGUUCAGAAGGUUAUGUAAUAGAAAGUAUACACGUCGACAGCAUCAAUACAGAAAAAGAUUGGAUGCAACAGGUUGAAGUAAUUGAUUAUAAAAAUAAGAAAUUGAUGUUUAAACUCGAUACAGGAGCACAAUAUCCACAGUACUUAAAUAGUUGUAUUUUAAGGAAACAACAACAAUUUUCUACAAUUGAAGAAAUCGCUUCAAAACUCAAUGGUGCUAAAUACUUCACGACUCUUGAUGCCAACAAGGCAUUUUGGCAAAUAGAACUUUGUGAUGAGUCUCAGGAGUACACUACUUUUAACACUCCUUACGGUAGAUACUGUUAUCAAAGGUUACCUUAUGGUUUAAAUUCAAGUCCUGAAGCAGAAACUGUUGAGCAAUCGAAUGAAAUUUUGAAAAAAGUGCUUGAACAAGCCAAAAAGUAUAAUGUAAGAUUUAAUAAAGACAAGUGCAAGUUUAAUGUGACAGAAGUGAGAUACAUGGGUCAUAUUAUUAAUCAGAGUGGUUUAAAUGUAGAUCCAGACAAAGUAAAACUAAUCUAUGAAAUGCAAGAGCCUAAAACACAAAAAGAACUAUUGAGAUUUCUUGGUACUAUUAAUUAUGUAGGAAAGUUCAUACCAAACCUGUCACAAAUUACUGCCAAUCUGAGGCAAUUGACCAGAAGUAGAGUUCCAUUUCUGUGGAAUGAAAAUCAUAGCAAAGAGUAUGCGCAACUAAAAGAAAUGUUAUGCAAACAAAUUGUAAUAGCUGAUCAUCUGAGUAGAACGUAUUCAAAGGAAAAGACUGAGUUGGAAACUGAAAAAAUUGAAACAUUUGUUUGCAUGGUAACUAAAAACGCAGACUUUACUGAUGAAAGAUUAAAAGAGAUUGAAAUACAGACAAACAAUGAUCAGGAAUUACAAAUUGUUAAAAAGUACAUUCAGGAGGGUUGGCCAGAAAAUAAAAAUAAUGUCAAUGAACUAGCAAAGCCUUAUUGGUCAUUUAAAGAAGAAUUAAGCACAUCUAAUGGUUUAAUUCUAAAAAACUUCUGUAUAGUGAUACCUAAAAAUUGUAGAAAGCAUGUACUGCAGCAAAUUCAUUACCCACAUCUGGAAAUAGAAAAAACCAAAGCAUUUGCUAGACAAGUGAUUUUCUGGCCAGGUCUCAAUAAACACAUUGAAGAUAUGGUAUCAAACUGUGACACCUGUUUAAGUUAUAGGAAUAAGAAUUCAAAAGAACCGAUUUUGUUAAAAAAAAUACCAGAUGGUCCUUGGGAGAUAGUGUCGACUGAUAUUUUUAAAUUUAAAGAAAAUUUCUAUUUAUUGGUAGUAGAUACAUACAGUAAAUUUGUUGAAGUUGAAAAGCUUGAUAAUCUAGGAAGCCAACACAUUGUCGAGACAUUAAAAAAGAUUUUUUCGCGGUUGGGAAUUCCUAAAGAAGUGUACUCGGACUCAGGGUCACAAUUCACUAGUGAGAUUUAUAGAAAAUUUAGCAAAGAAUGGAAUUUCAAAUGCACAAUUACAUCUCCCAAGCACCAUCAGGCAAAUGGUCUCGCUGAACGAUAUAUAGAAACUGUAAAAAAGAUGUUUUAUAAAAUUAUACAAGAAAAGAGAGAUAUGCACUUAGCUCUGUUGCAAUAUAGAAAUACUCCAAUUAAUGAGAUGGGUGUAACAUCAACAGAACUACUCUUUGGGCGAAAAACACGAAACUUAAUUCCAUUUUGUAAAAACAAGCCAAUUAGUCGAAGAGAAUUCAAAGAAAAUCUAAUUUAUAAUCAAUUAAAACAAAAAGAAUAUUUUGAUAGAGGUGCUAAAAUGUUGAGUCCGUUGAAAGAAGGAGAUUAUGUAAAAAUUCACGAUGAAAAUAGAGUGUUACCUCAUAGAAAUGGUGUGAUUGUUAGAGAAGGUUCAGAACCACGCUCGUAUCAAGUUAAAACGGAGGAAGGGAGAAUAUUGUGCAGAAAUAGAAAAAUGUUAUCAAAAGGUACAAACUUUAAUACAGCAGAUAAAUGUGGAGAUGAAAUUUCAAAUACAGAAUUAUCAAAUACUCUCCCUCCUUCCGAACCACAAGAAUCGGAGCUUUUGGCUAGUGCGGAUAAGGAGGUCACACCUAAUCAAAGUCAAAAUUAUGACACUCAGGCGAAUGAGCCAAUGAGGCAGACUAGAUCGGGUAGAACUGUAAAGAUGCCAUCUAAAUAUAAAGAUUUUGUCUUAAAUUAA